AUGAAUGCACUAGCACUGAUUGCUCAAGGCAUUGUGCCGAAGCAUCAUGUCGAGAUUUGUUCGGCAACGACGGCAAUCCAGGCACAAACAUUGCUGCGUGAUAGCUACAAUCGCACGACCAAGCACAAUCAAGUGAUGAUUACCUUUCGCCUUCAUAAUUCUACGAUGGAUGAAGGCUUGACGGUGACCGAGAGUCUGGAAAAUCUCGAUGAAUUCAUCGUUGGUCUUUUGUCUCUGGUUCAGCCGGUUGAAGAGAAGUGGAGCUCGUGA